CAAAUAUGUUGUUAUAGGUUAUGUUGUCUAUAUUUAGUAAAAAUGUAAUUAGUAACUUAAAUUGGUUGUUAAAGUGGUUUUAAACCAAACAUGACAACAUCACCUACAAGGACCAAACAAAAGUUGUCAUUGCGGAAACGAUUAUUUGUGAAAAAAUCACCAAAAGUUGGCUGCUAUGUAGACACAGAUUCCAACGAAGAAUUUAGUCAAUCAACCUCACGCCCUAUGUCCCCUGCUGACCCUUUUAUAGCACAUAGUGCUCACAACUCUGAAACUAGUAUUGAUAAUCCUCAUAAUUAUUCGAAUUAUAAUACGAGGCAUGCAACUGAUCAUCAUCAAACAAUUCAUCAAAACACAACUACUUAUGACGACGAUAGUAAUCAAAAAUGUUGUAAGACAUUCUUUAGAAGAUCUCGGCCUAAGAGCUUAGUGGAAGGCCACGGAUCUAAGGACGAUUCGUACUCGAGACCAAGCAGUCCAAUAAAUGAUUCUAGUAAUAAUAGUUUAAGUGAUCAUACCAUUUCUCAAACGAAGAGUGAAGAAAUACCAAAAGUAACAGUGAAUUUUCCAAAAAGUGAUGAUGCAAAAAAAUAUUUUGAACAUUCUGGUUCAUUUGAAGGCAUUAAGCCGAAAAGUAAAUUAUUUGUCAAAAGGUUAUCAGCUGAUCACUUGAUAUCCAAUGAAUCAAAGCCGUUAUAUCAGUCGUCCUCACCCGAGAGUGAUAGAAGUAGUUCUUUAGAUCGUAAGAGAAGGAGUAAGUCAACAAUAACAAGAUCAGCUUCUCGCGCAGGGAGCACUGACAGCUUGGUUCGUAAUUCUCUGCUUGCUGCACAGGUGUUGCGUCUUAUACCCACACAGGAAGCAAAGCAAAGAAACUAUUUAUAUGGAAGAUUGGCAUCACAUUCUUUACUCGGUGCUGCUGAGUUGGAACAUGUAUUCCCAGAUCGGGAAGUGAAGAUAUUUGUCGGUACCUGGAAUAUGAAUGGACAGGCACCUCCAAAGGAACUAGCUGAUUUUAUAUUCCCCAAUGAGGUAAAACAUGUACCAGAUAUUUUUGCGAUUGGCACCCAAGAAUCCUUUUCAGAACGGACUGAAUGGGAAAUCACUAUACAGGAAGUGUUGGGUCCAUCACAUUUACUACUGCACUCUUAUUAUUUAGGUACAAUACAUUUGACGGUAUUUAUAAGAAGAGAUCUUAUAUGGUUUUGUUCGCUACCCGAAGAUGCAAGUCUUUCCGUCCGUCCCGGUACUGCAUUUCGUACCAAAGGAGCCGUAGCAAUAUCCUUUGCAUUGUUUGGUUCAACAUUUCUCUUUGUGACCGCUCAUCUAACGGCUCACCAAGAAAAAGUGAAAGAAAGAUUGUCAGAUAUCAAGAGGAUAAUAAGGUCGAUUGAUUUGCCUAAAAAUUUGCCCUGCAGACAUAAGAGUAAAGAUGUCACUAACAAUUUUGACUACGUGUUCUGGUGUGGUGAUCUUAAUUUUAGACUUGGAGAACCGAGAGCUGCUGUAUUAAGAUGGAUCGAACAAACACAAUUCCCCCUCCCGCCGAAUCUGCCGCACGGGCUGUUGCACGCGGAUCAGCUGACGGCGGUGCUCGAAGAUGGCGCCGCUUUUAGAGACUUCCGCGAGGCUCCCAUUACGUUUCCACCAACCUAUAAGUAUGACCCGGGAAGUCAACAGUUCGACACGUCCAGUAAACAAAGAGUUCCAGCUUACACGGAUCGAAUACUUUUCAAAGCUAAAUCGAUGGCUGCAAAUUCGUCCUCUGCGUUUUCAGGCCUACGUCGUAUCAGCAGCGUGCCCGUCCCGUCCGGCUUGAAGUGUAUCGCGUACAACUCGGUGCAGUCGGUGGUGACCAGCGACCACAAGCCCGUGUGGGCGCUGUUCUCCGCCGCUCUGCGACCCGGCACUGAUGUUGUGCCCCUAGCCGCUGGUUUGUUCAAUCGCGAAGUAUAUUUAGAAGGAAUAAAACGUCGACGAGCGCUUCUCGACCACGCCCCCGGUACGUCCGCCAUAUGCAAUAUUCAAUAAUAAACACACGUAUAACAUCACAUCCAGUACAACAAUUAUAAUAUUUAAUUAAAAUUUAACGAAUAAUUAUACCGUUACCGAAACUUUUUUGGAAUAGUUUCCGACUUCUUAUGUUUGAACUGUGAUUAAAGAGAAAUUAGUCAUUUUAAAAAAUUGAUUACCUGUUGGUAUUUUAUGAUUUGAACUAUUGCUGUUAUAUUCCAUAUUUUUUAAGUAUUACCUAUUUGACACUGGUAUACGAAAAUCAGCGAAUGGUAUAAAAAAAAAAAUAAUAAGUUCAAAAACACAUUUUAGUUAUAGAAUAAACCAAAGAUUAUUUUGUUAUUAGUUAUUUACAUUUCAAGAGUUAUAUUUUAUUUUACACAUUAAAAAAAAUGACUGGAAAUAGUGUAAAAUGUAUUCCUUAAAAACCUGCAUAGGCUAGCUUCAUAGUGUUUUAGCUUAUUAUAAUAAUAACAUGCAUAAAUAUUCAAAGUGAGAACUUCGUCAACUAAAAUAACUCUAGUCAAUAAAUGAGGUUUUAAAUAAACAGUAUUCAAUGUUGAUUUACUAAAAUAGUAAUUUCCUACAAAAACUAUUUUCAAUUUUAUUACUUGUAGCAAAGAAUGAAAUAAAUUCAUAACUAAACUAUUGUAUUCUGUGUAAGAUAGUAUCUCUAGACAAUUGUUCAAAUAUUUGUAUUUUAGUAUUAAUGUUUUGAAAAUAUUUGUGCCAACGUUUUCUAUAAAUCAUCGCUUGAGGUUCACAUGAUGAAAAUUUAGGAAGCGUUCGAAUAUUACGUACGUUAUCUUUUGAUGUUUUUUUACGUAAAAACAUUUAGAGAAGCUCAAGUGAAACAGACGACCUUUACUUCUCUUUCUUUAUCUUUGUACCUUUCUUAGUAUACGCUUUUAUAAAAGGUUAUUUAAAUUAAAAAAAAAAAUGUUACUGUUUUAGUUUACAAAUGAUUUUAAAUUACAAUUUUGUCAUUGCCCUGGUGUAAGACCAAUAUAUAUGGUUCUCUUCUAAAUUAGAAAAAAGUAAAUAAUAGCAGUCACCCUCGCCCCGUCCUCCAUACCGGGCCUCUUCUUAAUCUGCUUGCGUAAUAUUUGAACGUUCCAUCGUCACUACUUUUUCUACUCCAUACGUCACGCUUUUAAUUAAACGUCUCGGCUCUUGUUCUGUCACUUAUAUAGAUGAAAUUUAUAGCAAUGAUAUUUAUUAAAUUAUGAUGAAAUACGGGCUUGGAUGUAAUCUUCCAAAUAUUGGUGCAAAUAUUUGAACCAACGUUUUUUUUUAAUCGAUAGUCAUCCAAUACUGGGUCCAAUGUAUCGACUUUCUACAUACUUAUCAGUUGUAUAUUUUACCCUUAUUUGGGAAUUAUUAUGUUGAUUUUUGUCAUUGUAUUAAUUGUUCUAGCAAAUAUUGUAUAUGUCAUAAAUUAUUGCAUUACUUUUUUUUUCAUUAUUAUUCAUAUCAUUAGGCAAAAUGUUUCCUGUUAUUAUUAACCUUCACCUAGUGGAAGGACUUACAAACUAUUAUUUU